AUAUAUACUACUAAUCUCUCUAUCUGACUGUUUCGAUCGGAAAAAAUGGCGGUGAACGGUGAAAAUGGUGGCGGUGCGAUUAGGGUUAGCGGAAUGCAGUUUUCUUACGAUGUCCAGGAUCCUAUUUUCUUCGAUUUCAACAUCGAUCUCUCCGCGGGAUCUCGUUGUCUCUUGGUUGGUGCUAAUGGAUCUGGGAAAACUACAUUAUUGAAGAUUCUGGCUGGAAAGCAUAUGGUUGGAGGAAAGAACGUUGUACAAGUGCUUGAUCGUUCGGCAUUUCAUGAUACAGAGCUUGUUUGUAGUGGUGAUUUGUCUUACCUUGGAGGAUCAUGGAGUAAAACCGCUGGUUCUGCUGGUGACAUUCCUCUUCAGGGAGAUUUCUCAGCAGAACAUAUGAUAUUUGGAGUUGAAGGGAUUGAUCCUGUGAGAAGAGAGAAGUUGAUUGAUCUUCUUGAUAUCAAUCUUCAAUGGCGUAUGCAUAAGGUUUCUGAUGGCCAGAGACGUCGUGUGCAAAUAUGUAUGGGUCUUUUACAUCCUUUCAAGGUAUUAUUACUGGAUGAGGUUACUGUUGACCUCGACGUUGUUGCUAGGAUGGAUUUGUUGGAAUUCUUUAAAGAAGAAUGCGAACAGAGAGGAGCUACAAUUGUAUAUGCAACUCAUAUUUUCGACGGUCUAGAGACAUGGGCUAGUCAUCUAGCUUACAUUCAUGGAGGAGAACUGAAACUCUCGGCCAAACUGGAUGAUAUCAAGGAUCUCAAAACCUCACCAAAUCUGCUCUCUGUUGUUGAAUCUUGGCUCCGGUCUGAAACCAAAGUCGAGAAGAAGACGAAGAAGAAACCUGUUGUUACGUCUCCAUUUAUGUCCUCUAGACAAAUGGCGUAUUACCGAUGAAUCUUAACUUCUAUAAGAGAUACUUUGUACGCAGCUUCAGGAUCCGACGCCAAUCAUGGGGGCUAAGAAUUUUCGACGGAGUCUUUCUCCCUUGCAUGCCGAGGUCGAAGCUUUCCUGUGGGCUGUGCGCUGUAUGAUCGGGCAUGGAUUUCGUGACGUGGCUUUCUACACGGACUGUUCAGACUUGGUGAAGAUGGUGUCUUCUCCUCAUGACUGGCCAGCAUUUUCGACAUAUCUCAACGACAUCAAGAGUGACAGGGAGGAAUUUUCAUCUUUCUCUUUAUCUUUUGUUUCUAGAAAUGCAAAUGUAAAUGCGGAUUCUUUGGCAUGCCAAGCGCGUACUUCUCCGCAUAAUGUCUUGUUUGUACAAAAAUUUCCAUCAUAUUGGCUAUUAUGAGCUAAUCUUUUGUUGACAAA